GGAACUUCCGGUCGCGGCGAGUUGAAUUCCUGCUAGCUAAAGACACAUGAUGGGAAACUGAAUGCUGUACGCGCUCCUGGAGUUUGACUGCGAAAAGUACACUAAUCUUACAUGUGGUUGAGACGAUGGAGUCCAAAAUAAAAUAACAGAGGUGACUGAAGCACCAAGCCUCAGUAGGACUCCAUCAAGCCGAAGGAGCCGCAACAGAAAUGGCAAACCUGAACUGGAAGCCGUUUAUCUAUGGGGGAAUGGCCUCAAUUGUCGCAGAAUUCGGUACGUUUCCCAUUGAUCUCACAAAAACAAGGCUCCAGGUUCAAGGGCAGACGCACUGUAUGGAGGUCCGAUAUCGGGGAAUGUUCCACGCUUUGUUGAGGAUUGGCCGUGAAGAAGGCAUCCGGGCAUUGUACUCUGGAAUUUCACCUGCACUCCUCCGACAAGCUUCCUACGGGACAAUCAAGAUCGGUACAUACAACACAUUGAAGAAACUGAUUGUUAGUCAUCCAGAAGAUGAGACUAUGGUGAUUAAUGUGUUUUGUGGUGUGGUGUCUGGAGUUUUGUCGUCCUCUUUGGCAAAUCCAACUGAUGUGCUAAAGAUUCGCAUGCAGGCUCAAGGCAGUCUGUUACAGGGAAGCAUGAUGUCUAAUUUCAUCAACAUUUACCAGACUGAAGGCACGCGAGGCCUGUGGAGGGGUGUAAUUCCUACCGCACAGAGGGCGGCCAUCGUGGUGGGUGUAGAGCUGCCAGUCUAUGACAUCACCAAGAAGCAUUUGAUUCUUUCAGGCCUCAUGGGAGACACAGUGUUCACUCAUUUCAUUUCCAGUUUCACGUGUGGUCUGGCAGGUGCUUUAGCCUCCAACCCAGUGGAUGUGGUGAGGACACGUAUGAUGAAUCAACGUGUGCUCGCAGGUAACCCUCUGUACAAGGGUACUCUGGACGGACUCAUGCAGACCUGGAAAAACGAAGGAUUUUUUGCUCUCUAUAAAGGCUUCUGGCCCAACUGGCUGCGUCUAGGGCCCUGGAACAUAAUUUUCUUCAUCACCUUUGAGCAGCUGAAGAAGCUUUCAUUGUAGAGUUUGUGACUUCCCUGAGCUGUGUGCAUGUGUCUGGGGCUUCUGUCCUUCAGCAUUUACCAUCCCUUCUCCGUCACACACCUAUAAGUAUUUUUAUUUAAGAACGAACAUGUAUUUUGUUCUCAUUUGCAUUGUACAUACUUGACCUAUUUAAACACACUUGUUUUUGCACCUAAAUGCUUUGUGUUUCACUCCUGGCAGCUAUGUUGUCCGUCACCGCCAUGUUCUCAGGCCCAGUGGUGUUUUCAUCAUAUAUGCUUGGUCAGCUAGGAGCAGCACUGGUGUAAAUUUGAGGUAAAGGGCUAUAGCGAAAACUGGAAACCACGAGGCAUAGUUUCUCCACACUGGCUUGAGAGUUUGAAAUUAUAGCAUAAGUUACUAAAAACACAUCCGCCAUGUAGGGGAUGUAAAGCAAUAGUUUAGUGUAGAACUGAAUGUAGUUGGUGAAUAUAAGCAGGAAUCUUUGAGGUCCACGCACUCCAAAUUAGACAUUGUCCUUGUAAUUUAAUAUGUAAACACAGCUUGUGCAGUGAUAAUGUAUUUUGCUUCAUCUGUAGACUGCAGAUAUGAUCGAAAUUGCCCACGUUGCAAACUUGUAUGCAGCCCAAAUUAAUACCAAAGGAACUAGUAAAGGGAGAUGUCCUGGAUCCUGGAUCUUUGAGCUCAGUGGGGCUUAUUCAUAAAACAUGAGCCAAUUUCAGUGUAGCCUAAGUCUGUUCUUGCGCAAGUUGUCGCAUUUAAUUCAAAAUUGCUCAGAAAUUGUUACGCUUGUUUCAUAAGGCCCAAUGUGCGCAAAAAGCUUCUUUUAUCCCAUAUUAUGUCAAGGUCCUCUGAAAAGCUCCAUGAAAGUGGGUUAGAAGUUUAUGCCUGAACAUGCGCAGAAUUCUAAGCACUUGUGACAUUGCACAAGUUUUUAUUUUACUUUUUUCAGUGACGUCUUUAUUGCCAUGUACAUUUGCAUGUGUGUGUAGUGUGUGUGUGUGUGUGUGCUUGUGUUCUGAGAAGCACAUGUAAAAUGUCAAAUAUUUUGGCAGCCGUCAAAAUGUGUAAAUACUGCUACUGUACGAUAGAAUAAAAUAUUAGCACAUAGUUUUUUGUUUGUUUGUUAAUUUUCAACCAGAUUUUGUGGAAAAGGGUGUCAUUUGCAUUUUUAUUGCUUGCCUCUUUGCCAAAGUGUACGUGUAUUAAACCAGAACUGCACUGAUGUUGCUGGUUUUGAAAAGUGAC